AUGAUAUCGCAUCAGCUUGGUAUCAAUACUGCCUACCUGAAGAAGUCUCAAGUAAGGAAAAUUCCAGGAAAGUAUACACCCUUUCGAGGAACUACAGACGAAGAGGCGAAGGAGCACCAUGCGAAACGUCCAAAAUCUCCAGAUCUCUUGCUAUGCCAGAAUUGCGGAUUCACCGCUGAUAAUGCGAGUCACGGCAGUUAUAUCUGCACUCUUAAAUUGAUUGCCCACAACCCCCUUAGCGGUAUAUGGGUAAUUGGCGACAAAUACAUUUUGAGAGAAAUAGCUAUCAAUAAUGCGGUAUGGGGUACAAGCUACCUAGCCCGUGAUUAUCCAAUGACUCGUUUCUUGGAAGAAAACUCGACGACUCCUGUGGCAACGAAUAUGAAGCAUUGGUCGGAUAGUACAAGCAAUAUCUUUCUUAUGGAUAGGGUUCCAGGUGAAUCGUUGCAGAAGAUUGGGGGAAAACUCGUAUGGGAAGACGUAGAAGUCCUUGCCGAAGAAGUCGCAGACUAUCUUGUACAAUUACGUAAAUUCACAUCAGAUAAACUACAGGCUCCGGAUGGUUCGCUAAUGAGAGACAAACAUUUCAGUCCUGAAUCUACCUUAAAUUUUUGGACGUCUGAUGUGGACGAAUGGUGGGCUCGAGUGGAAUCGAGCAUUCGGGAUAAAUCCCGUAAAAACCUUCUAAGAGAACAAUAUUCACUCUGUAUCAAGCCUGGAGGACCCUUUGUGCUCACCCACGGGGACUUAAACGCGCAGAAUAUUAUGGUGAAAGACAAGCAUGUGAGUGGGAUCAUCGACUGGGAACGUGGGGGUUAUCUUCCAGAAUGGUGGGAAUUGUAUCAGCUGGAAGAAUUCGAAAAUGGCGCAUGGGGGAGAGCGCUAAAACGGGCAUUAGCAAAGAGAAACGUAGUGCCCUCGGAAGCGGCGAAAACCUUUGGGGAUAAAUUUCUACAACUCUUUUGA